AGCAUCAUAGCCCGUUUUCGUCAUACAUUUUGACAUCAGCAACCAAUGGAAACUCAACAACAAAUUUAUCUCUGUCUUUAUUGUAGUUGUACAGCCUAAUUUUCUGAAAUUUUGGCAAGUCUUCUAACUUCAACCCAAACAUCAAACCCAAACAUACUUGCUAUUGACUGGUCCCUGAAGUCAGAAAUUCCAAAAUGGCUACGGCGGAGCAGACGGGUAGCGUUGUCCGAGAAAAUGUCCAAGAAAUGAACCAUUCUCUACCCGAAACGGUUCAGCUGAACCUUCAAAAGGAUCUCAAGCCGACCGAGGAAAACGGGAACGACCACAUUCCCGAGAUCAGCGAGACGUACAGUGUCAGACGAUCGGAUGGCACGUGGCAUGAUGCAGAAGUUAUCCAGACCAGGCGGAAUGAACACGAGGGAGGACGAAUGGAGUUCUAUGUUCAUUACAAAGGAUUUAACAGACGUCUGGAUGAGUGGGUGGACCUGUGCAGGAUCGAUGUUCAGUCUCACAGCAGUAGGAAGAAACGGGCUGCAGAAGAAACUCUGUACGACUUCGCAGACCAACCGGACAGAAAGAUCACACGCAACCAGAAGAGACGGCACGAUGAAAUCAAUCACGUGCAGAAGACUUAUGCAGAGAUGGACCCAACCACCGCAGCACUUGAAAAGGAACAUGAAGCUAUCACAAAAGUGAAGUACGUAGACAAGGUCCAGAUUGGGAAGUACGAAAUCGAUGCCUGGUACUUCUCGCCAUUCCCAGAGGACUAUGGGAAGUGUCCACGGCUGUACAUUUGCGAAUUCUGCCUGAAAUACAUGAAGUAUGAGAAGACAUACAGACAUCACAUGGGAGAGUGCACAUUCCGCCAGCCGCCAGGGAAAGAGAUCUACAGGAAGGGGACGAUCUCUGUAUAUGAAGUGGACGGGCGAGGAGACAAAAUCUACUGUCAGAACCUGUGUCUGCUAGCCAAACUGUUCCUGGACCACAAGACCCUGUACUUUGAUGUGGAACCCUUCAUGUUCUACAUCCUCACAGAGGUGGACAAACAAGGAGCGCAUCUGGUGGGAUAUUUCUCCAAGGAGAAAGAAUCCCCAGAUGGCAACAACCUGGCCUGCAUCAUGACCGUGCCGCCAUUCCAGAGGAAAGGCUACGGGAAGUUCCUCAUCGCAUUCAGUUAUGAGUUGUCCAAACUGGAACACAGAGUUGGUUCCCCAGAGAAGCCGCUGUCGGACCUGGGGAAGCUGAGCUACCGCAGCUACUGGUCCUGGGUAUUGUUAGAGAUCCUCAGGGACUUCAAGGGAACACUCUCCAUUAAAGACUUGAGCCAGAUGACCAGCAUCACGGAGAAUGACAUCAUCUCCACCCUGCAGUCCAUGAACAUGGUGAAGUACUGGAAGGGUCAGCACGUCAUCUGUGUCACGGCCAAAUUGGUGGAGGAGCACCUGAAGAGCGCACAGUACCGCCGACCGCCCAUCAUGGUCGACACGUCCUGUCUGCGAUGGGCGGCACCAAAAAAGAAAGAUGUCAAAAUAUCAAAGAAGUGAACUGUUCUUUUUAAUAAAAUAUUGCGUUAAGCAUUCUGUUUUACAGUGCAUUUGGACCUGAAUGAUUGCAGUAUGUGUAUCUGCUAAGCUGUAGAGAGUUAGGUCAAACUUGCAGCUGUGUGAUCUUUGUGUGGUAAGGUACAGUCUUAUAAUAGCAGGUAGUUGAAGCCUGGUGUGUCCUGCCCGUGAAUGUACAUGUACAUGUAUUUGUUUUCAUACUGAAGUUUGAUAGAGUUACAGACUCAUAAGGCCUCAGACAAUGAUGUAGAUCAGUAUUGAUUAUUGUUAUGCGUACUUGUACUUGUCUUGCUUUGCAUUUUAUGUUUGCACACCCCAACUUUGCUUUGCAACAUAUUAGCAUAAAAGAAAGGCCAGAAAUGAGCAUGUACAUUCCAAUAAAGAAAUAUGUAUGCCUA